AUGGACUCUUCUACAAUCACUGUUCACUGGCAUGAUGAGAAUCAGCCAGUUUAUUCUGUGGAUUUUCAGCCACAAUCGAGUCAAGAACGGUCUCCCAGAUUAGCUACUGGUGGGGGUGAUAAUAACGUUAGAAUAUGGAAAUUAGUUUAUAACGAUGAAAUUGAAGCUGAAGGCCAAAGCAGUCCUUCGCUGACAAAGGUUGAGUAUUUAACUACUUUACGCAAACAUACCCAGGCAGUUAACGUUGUGCGAUUUGAUCCUAAAGGAGAAAUGUUAGCAACUGCUGGAGAUGAUGGAACGCUUAUAUUAUGGACAUUAUCCGAUGAGAUACGCAAAGAUUUUGGGCAAGAGGAGAUUGAUGAAGAUAUCAAAGAAACCUGGAUAGCCAAGCAUGUUUACAGAUCGUCAACUUCGGAGAUAUAUGAUUUAUCAUGGUCACCCGAUUCGAAAUUCAUUGCAACUGGAUCAAUGGAUAAUAUUACUAGAAUAUAUAAUGUUUCCACGGGACAAGAAGUGAGUCGAUUGGCAGAACAUAAUCAUUAUGUACAAGGGGUUGCAUGGGACCCACGAAAUGAGUUUUUAUCGACUCAGUCUGCCGAUAGAUCAAUUCAUAUUUAUUCAUUAAAGAAUUCGGAAACAUCAGCAACGAAUGAAAUAAAAAUAAUAGUCAAAGCCGAAUUACCAAAUUCCAAAUUAUCGCUUUUUGAAAAAUCGUGGCUGGAGUCAACAGAUAGUAGUGAAAGAUCAAGCAGCGAGGGCCCAAGUAGUGUUCAAACUUCCACUACUAGUUCGAGCUUUAAUGGAGAGGAUAAUUCAUUCUCUAAACCUGCCACCCCAAUGAAUCCACCGGCUAACAAUUACGUUCAUCAGGUACAGAAUAGUCCUCCCAAUCAUAAAAGAGGAUUAUCAAAUGAAACAUUACCAGCGGUGAAACCAAUGGUUACAGCACCAGAAAAUAGAAAAAUUACCAGAAAAAAUACAUUCUUAUACCAUCCAGAGACAUUACAAUCAUUUUUCAGGAGAUUAGCAUUUUCACCAGAUGGGAGUUUAUUAUUAACACCACUGGGGAUUCAUAAAAAUGAAAUGCAAGGAUCUAAUACUACAGUUACUAAUGAAAAUGAUGAUAAUGACAUGACCAAUAAUACAAAUAAUGACGAUAUUACCAAUACGGUAUAUAUAUAUAUACGAUCAGGAUUCAAUAAAGCCCCGAUAUGUCAUAUACCAGGAUUGAAGAAACCAGCCAUAGCAAUAUCAUUUUCACCAAUAAUAUAUGAAAUCGAAUCAAAAUCCAGUAUAUUCAAAUUACCGUAUAAAAUGAUCUUUGCAGUUGCGACCCAAGACUCCGUGAUAAUUUACGAUACGGCAAGUCUAGAACCAUUGGGGAUGGUUUCAAAUUUACAUUAUUCAACAAUCACUGAUUUAUGUUGGAAUACAGAUGGUGAAAGUAUUAUAAUAAGUUCAGCAGAUGGAUUUUGUUCAGUCGUUGUUUUCAAUAAGGGGAUAUUUGGAAAUAAAUACAAAUUUGAAUUGAUUAAAAGCGAACCAGUUAUAGCAACCCCCAAGAAACCCGAAGAGAAGAAAAUAGCUAAUGAUAUAACCAGUUUUGUUAAAAAGAAGAAGCUGGUGAAAAACAACGAGAUGACCAAAGGCGAUGACCAAUUGAAAAAGAAGAGAAAGAUUGAACCUACAUUGGUUGAAUAA